AACCGGAGGUGGCGUGAUUUUUCCCGGCGUCCACCUUGACGUCGCCGCGUUAACGAGGCGCAGCUGCGGUACUUCGAGGAGACGCUCCGGAGCGGACAGGACACAAAUGGCCCCGGUGCCAUUUGCGGAGUGAAGAAUGGGCUCCGAGGCGUCGCAGCCAUGGCCAGAUCCACCAACAGAUCCAGCACCGAGGACGGGGACUCGGCCGUGACCGCCCCCGCGGACCGUGGCGAGGUCCGGGACCUGGCCGAGCCCCGGGAGCUGUCUCUGGAGGAGGUGCUGAAGUCCUACGAGCAGCCCAUCAACGAGGAGCAGGCGUGGGCCGUGUGCUACCAGGGCUGCAGCGGGCUCAGGGUGCCCCCCCCGCCGGCCGGGAGAGUCGGCCGGGUGAAGGACCCGUCCUCCAUCCUCCUCCACCGGGACGGAACCGUGUCGCUGCGACGGGAGCCCCGACGCGACGAUGAAGCCGACACGUCUCCUCUUCAACCUCCUCCAGAGCGUCAGGUGGUGCGGUCUCUCGGCGUGGCCAUCUACCGAGCUCUGGACUGGGGUCUGGAUGACAGCGAGGAGCGGGAGCUCAGUCCUCAGCUGGAGCGCCUCAUCGAGCGCAUGGCGUCCGGAGACCAGACCGGGGAGACGGACUGCGCCGCCGGGAACGGUACGAGCGACGAGGGCUACAGCGGACAGGAGGAGGAGGACGAGGACGAGGACGAGGAGGAGGAGGCAGCGAUAAGGCCCGUGUGUACGUUCCGCCAGGUGAUGGCGCUGUGUGCGUCUCGGCUGUCCAACCCGAGCCUGGCGCCGGAGCACUACCAGGCCGUCUGCAGGGCGCUGUUCGUAGAAACCCUGGAGCUGCAGACGUUCCUCAUCAAGAUCAGAGACGCUAAGGAGAUGCUGAAGAAAAUCUCCAAAGAGGAAGUUCUGGAGGACAGAUCCACGGCCGAGCUGGACGCCCUGAAACACAGAGACUGGGCCCGUCUGUGGGUGCAGCUGAUGAAGGAGCUGAGACAAGGCGUGAAGCUGAAGAAGGUGCAGGAGCAGCCGUUCAACCCUCUGCCCACAGAGUUCAGCCUCACUCCCUUUGAGAUGCUCAUGCAGGACAUACGAGCCCGGAAGUUCCAGCUCCGCAAAGUCAUGGUGGACGGAGACAUUCCCACCAGAGUGAAGAGAAACGCCCACGAGCUGAUUCUGGACUUCAUCAGGUCCAGACCUCCCCUCAAACCAGCUUCAGAGCGCAGCCUCCCCCCUCCUCCCCCCCAGCAGCAGUCCCUCCAUGACCGGGUCCUGGCUGAGAUCAAGAUGGAGAGGAAGCUCCGGCCCGUGGACCCCCCCAGCUCCAGACCGUUCGGCUCCCUGCCCUGUCUCGCUCAGACGUGUCCCUGCAACGUUAAAUCCACCUCGUGCAUCGACCUGUCGGUGUCGGAGCCCCGGCCGCCGUCCCGCCCCCGCAUCCUGCUGAAGGCCCCGACUCUGGCUGAGAUGGAGGAGAUGAACAUCUCUGAGGAGGAGGAGUCUCCAGACAACGGGGACCUGAGGAGGACGGAGAGCUCCCCGACCCCCCUGAAAAGAGACCGGUCCUUCUCGGAGCACGACCUGGCCUUCCUCCGGGGGGAGAUGCUCCCGUCUCUGUCGGAGUCGUCCCAGCUGGACUCGGGGGUGAGGCUGAGGGGGGAGAGGCCUCGGUCCAGGACGCUGACGGGAACCGGACCCCCCCCUCAUUACAGAGCCUCUUUCCCGGUUCACGGUUGGGCACCCCAAUCUCCGGCCCGUCUGUCUCUGAGUUCAGUUGACGAGACCACAGAGGGACCAGAGACGACGUCCCGCUCCAGAACCGGGGACGAGCACCAGUGGAUGGAGGAGUUCAGUCACCCCGUGGAGAGUCUCGCCUUAACGGUGGACGAGGUCAUCAACGUUCGACGAGUCCUGGUCAAAGCAGAGAUGGAGAAGUUUCUCCAGAGCAAAGAACUGUACAAUAACCUGAAGAAAGGGAAGGUUUGCUGCUGCUGCAGAGUGAAGUUUCCUCUGUUCUCGUGGCCGUCCACCUGCUUACUCUGUAAAAGGUCCGUGUGUGGCUCCUGCAGUGCAAAGAUGAAGGUUCCCUCCAAGAAGUUGGCCCACAUCCCCGUCUACACCGUGGGCUUCCACAGCACCCCGAAGAGCCACGGACACAAGAGCCAAGUCUAUAAGUCUCUGCGUAGCUUGUCCCGCCGCUCGGUGGAGGAGGAGUUCCCCCACCUCUACGCCCACGGCUGCACGCUGCGCGACGUCUGCGCCGAAUGCACCAAGUUCGUCGCAGACGUUAUUUCCUCCAGCCGCCGGAGCCUGGACAUCCUCAACAACACCCCCAAGAGGGAGGCCAGAGCCCCCCCCACCGCCACCGCCACCGCCUCCCCCCAGAGACCACAGCUACAACGCCAGCCCCACCUGGAGGACUUGGCCCCUCACCCUCCUCCCCCCCAUCACCACCACCACCACCUCCACCUUCACCACCUCCACCACCAUGUUGAUCAGCAGCGGCGGCUUCACGCUUCAUCACCGACUCCUUCACCGCUGCUACGUCGCAACGACAACAUCAACAAAUGACACUUUAUCCUUUAGCCUGAGCUCACUGUGCACAUCCACAGGAAGGAGAGGAAACUAGUUCCUUAAAGGCACCUGGGAGGGAGGAGGGGAGGAAGGAAGGAAGGA